GGUGGAGGGGAUUUUACCCGCCAGAUAUGUUAAUCAGCGGCGACACGUGACCCGACGUUUGGCGCGAAAGAGUGAAGCCGGGAAAGAACAGCCAUGGCGGAUGAGCCGGCUCUGAGGGAGGCGCAGCGGGAGUACCUGGACUUCCUGGACGAUGAGCAAGAUCAGGGGAUCUACCAAAGCAAAGUGAGGGACAUGAUCAGUGAAAACGUGUACCGCCUUAUCGUCAACGUUAAUGACCUUCGAAGAAAGAAUGAGAAAAGAGCACACCAGCUACUGAACAACGCUUUUGAGGAGCUCUUGGCCUUCCAGAGAGCUCUGCAGGACUUUGUUGCCUCCAUUGAUGCCACAUAUGCCAAGCAGUUUGAGGACUUCUACAUUGGCCUGGAAGGCAGCUUUGGCUCCAAGCAUGUCAGCCCACGAACCUUGACCUCGCGUUUCCUCAGCAAUAUUGUCUGCGUGGAGGGAAUCGUAAUCAAAUGUUCAUUGGUACGUCCAAAGAUUGUUCGAAGUGUCCACUAUUGUCCUGCCACAAAGAAGACUAUUGAACGCAAGUACACAGAUAUGACUUCCCUCGAUGCUUUCCCUUCCAGCGCCAUCUAUCCAACGAAGGAUGAGGAGAAUAACCCCCUUGAGACAGAAUUUGGGCUGUCUUUGUACAAAGACCACCAGACCAUCACCAUACAGGAGAUGCCAGAGAAAGCUCCCGCGGGCCAGCUACCUCGCUCAGUGGACAUUAUCCUGGACAAUGACCUUGUGGACGUGGUCAAACCUGGUGACCGAGUGCAGGUCAUUGGCACUUACCGCUGCCUGCCUGGCAAGAAAAACGGAUACACCUCUGGGACAUUCAGAACGAUCCUGAUUGCCUGCCAUGUCAAAUUGAUGAGCAAGGAGGUGUCCCCCAUGUUUUCUGCAGAUGACGUGGCCAAAAUCAAGAAGUUCAGCAAAUCUCAUUCAAAGGACAUCUUUGAUCAACUAGCCAGGUCCCUGGCCCCUAGUAUUCAUGGACAUGAGUACAUCAAGAAGGCUAUUCUCUGCCUGCUGCUGGGUGGCUCAGAAAAACACUUGGAGAAUGGAAGCCGAAUUCGCGGUGAUAUCAAUGUCCUAUUAAUAGGUGACCCGUCGGUGGCAAAGUCACAGCUCCUGCGCUAUGUGCUCUUCAGUGCUCCGCGAGCUAUCCCCACCACUGGCCGAGGCUCCACCGGGGUGGGCUUGACUGCAGCAGUCACCACCGACCAAGAAACUGGUGAGCGACGUCUCGAGGCAGGCGCCAUGGUUUUAGCUGACCGAGGUGUCGUCUGCAUAGACGAAUUUGAUAAGAUGUCUGACCUGGAUCGUACCGCCAUCCAUGAAGUGAUGGAGCAGGGGCGUGUGACCAUCGCUAAAGCUGGCAUUCAUGCCAGACUCAAUGCCAGGUGCAGUGUGCUGGCUGCAGCUAACCCUGUCUAUGGAAAGUACAACCAAUAUAAAACCCCAAUGGAGAAUAUUGGCCUGCAGGAUUCGCUGUUGUCCCGUUUUGACCUACUAUUCAUCAUGCUGGACCAGAUGGACCCAGAGCAAGACCGAGCAGUUUCUGAACACGUGCUGCGAAUGCACAGAUACAGAGGUGCAGGCGAGCAGGAUGGCGAUGCCUUGCCCCUGGGCAGUGCUGUUGACGUCCUGGCCACGGAGGAUCCCGACGCCUUGCAGGAUGAGGAACAGGAGCUCCAGAUUUAUGAAAAGCACGACAAUCUUCUUCAUGGAGCCAGGAGACGAAAGUAAGUCAGGCCAUUUGCAC